UGGCCGCGAGCAGUCGCCAGGUCCGCGUCGGGGAGUCCCGCGCUCGCGUCGCGAACGUCCAGUGCUACGUACGCUACGCCGAUCGGCACUCGCCCUCGCAUUCCCCGCGCCAACACCGACGCCUUCAAGCAGCGUCGCGACGCCCAGCGACGCCCUGCCCACAGCAGGGGCGUCUGUUCUCCGAAGAUUAAGGUGGCCGUCGUGGACGGACUGUGCUGUCAGUGCGGGUGUGGCCGUGACAGGUGUGAAAGUGUCUAACAAGUGGUUUCUGUGACGAGGCAGUGUGUGUGCCCAAAGUGUCGAGUGCCCUGGAUAACCCAAAGUGCAAGCCGAGUGACAAGUGUGUGAGGCAGAAGUGACGACCCGCUGUGUUUCUGCUGGAAACAGUGUGCAUUAUUGUGAAACAGUCGCGGGGGAGCGUCGAGACAAUGAAGACCAGGAAGAUGACGGAGUCCGGCGGAGGGGGGCGUUGGUGGAUCUACGCCUUGCUCCUCGUCGCUACGUUUAAAGAGACGCAGUCCGCGCGCACGCCCGAGCUGAUGAUCCUGCCGUCGCCCUCCGUGCAGACCAAGCCCAUCGGCAAGAACGUGCUGCUGACGUGCCGGGCCAACGUGGAGAACCUGCUGCUGCUCACCGACAUGCAGUGGCUGGACCCCAACAACCGCACCAUCCUCAACAACGAAGUGACGUACACCAACAGCCCGCAGCGCAUGCACACCGAGCAGAUGCCCACCUCGCUGGCCCUCAUCAUCCCCGCGCUCCGGGAGACGGAGGCCGGCGUGUACACCUGCACCGCCACCUACGCCAACUCGGAGAAGCUGUACAAGUCCGUGCGCAUCGAGACCAUCGUGGCCAUCACCUGGGAGGACGCCCCCGAGGAGCAGUUCCCCAUCCUGAACAAGGACUUCAAGGUGCGCUGCAAGGUGACGGCGCAGCCCGCGCCCGCCGUGGACUGGACGCGCAACGGCGAGAUGAUCUCGACGGGCGGCCGCUACGUGGUGGAGACGGACGGGCUCACGAUCCAGCGGCCCGUCGAGUCCGACGACGGCGUGUACACGUGCCGCGCCAUCGUCAUCCAGACCGGUGAGCUGGCGCAGCGCGACAUCCACGUGGAGGUGCACACGCCGCCCACCUUCGAGGACAUGCUGGCCUCCACCAAGAUCGUCGAGGGCGAGACGGCGACCAUCCGGUGCCGCGCCCGCGGCAAGCCCAAGCCCACGUUCGCCUGGAUCAAGGCCUCCACGCAGCAGAACAUGGCCUCGGCCGACCGGUUCAAGGUCAACCCCCUCACGGGAGACAUGAUCAUCAGCGGGGUUCGGCCCGAGGACAGCGGCGACUACAAGUGCGUGGCCAGCAACAAGGCGAGCACGGUGGAGAAGACGGUGCUGGUGAACGUGCUGGUCAAGCCCAGGAUCAGCGACUUCCGCAACCUGUCCGUGCCCAUCAACACGGAGGUCCGCAUGGAGUGCCGCGCCUCCGGGAACCCCCUGCCCACCAUCACGUUCAAGAAGCUGAACCAGCAGGCCAGGCCCUACGUGCUGGGACGCCAGCCGACCGACCAGCGCAUCGAGCUCACGUCCGUGGAGGACCCGUCGCGCAGGGAGGCCGUGGGCACGCUCCGCGUGCUGCGCCUCGGCCGCUACGACGACGGCCUCUACGUCUGCAUCGCCUCCAACGAGGGUGGCGAGGCUACAAAGAACGGCCAUCUUUCGAUCCAGUUCCCGCCUUCCUUUGCAAGCACCCCAGUUGAUGUGUGGUCUUGGGGGCAGAACCCAGUGAAUAUUUCAUGCCUGGCUGAGUCGAUCCCCAAUGCUACAAUCACGUGGAAACUGAAUGACCGUGAAGUUGAACGUGAUCCCAAUGUUCAGAAAUUAAGCUCCGGUCCUCAAAGUAUAAUUAAGAUCACUCCACGUCGUCGUGAAUACUAUGGCGUGUACAAAUGUAUUGCAUCAAACAUUUUGGGAACUGCUGAGACAACCAUCACUUUGAAGGAGGCUAUUCCACCAUCAGAGGUUCUUCAAGCCAAAAUCGAAUCCAUGACAGCCACAACUAUCACAUUCUCCUUUGUUGGACCUCAAAAUUUCGGUGGCCGUCCUCUUAAGGCCUAUGCUGCUCAAAUUAAGAAAUCAGCUCAGCCCUGGGAAUACGCCUACAAUAAGACUUGGCCAGCAGAUUCAACAUACGUUUUGGAGAACCUGGAGCCUCAAAUGGAGUAUAACUUCCGAUUUGCUGCUGCAAAUGAGGUUGGCUUCAGUAAUUGGGCUGCAAAUGUCAUUAUCACAAUGCCUCGACGAGCUGCCCCAGAAGAGCCUCGCAUCUUGAACCCCAUUAUUGAGGAAGGAUACGUUGUCUCGCCUUACUCUGACCGAAUGGAGGUCCGCUGGAAGAUCCCCGCUGACAAUGGUGAAGCUAUUGACAAGUAUCAGAUUCGAUACUGCCCUGUCAAAAGGGAUCUAGCUGGUUACUUUGUAGAGACCGGAGAACUUUGCCAAACCAUGCACAUUCCCCAGGAGCAUUCUUCUGUUGAACUGAACAUGCUGCACCCAGAUACUUUCUAUAGAGUGGAACUCCAAGCGCACAAUAUGAUUGGCUACAGUGUUCCAGGAAGGGCUACCUUCAAAACAGCGCGCGAUUUAUCCGCUACAGGAAUAUUUUAUGGAGAACACAACAACUAUGUCACUGGGGGAUCAGCGAGUCAACGAUAUUCAGUGGCUCUGAUGCUUCCACUUAUUUUCAUCUUGGCAACAUGCAGUUUGCACCAGUAGAAUCAAUAAGAUAGUUUUAUUCCUCAUGGAUUUUUUAAAAAAGUGACGAGUGAUACAAGUUAAAGUGACUCUAUAAAGUAAAUGUGUGGUGAUUUAUUUCUUCAAGAAAGAAAGUGUGAUGAAGAUUAAUUAUGAAAUGUGUGAAUGAACAUUUGUGGUGGCUUCUUGGGUCAUUACAGUAUUUUUGUCACAAAAACUUUUAAAGCAUUUUCAAAGUAUAGCACCACUAACUGUGGUACUGUUUAGUGAUUCUAGUGAUAAAUGAUUUUAAAUAAACUCUGAGUAGGAUGCUGAAUGCUGCUUCAUGAAGACCAAGUACAGUACAUACUUGAAACAAGAGGGAAGAAUAUGUGUGCAUACAGGAACAAACAAUAUGAGAAGAUUAAACAAACAAUUGAAUGGGGAUGAAUGGGGUGUAAAAAUUAAAAUCAAGAAGAAGAUCUAGUACAUUGUAAGAGCAGUGAAGUAGUUUGCAGUCCCAAAUAGCAAAUCCUAUUAAAUGAAAAUUUGACUUCAGAUCCUAAAAAAAGAAAAUGGAAGCCUUUGCUAUUUCAGUGCACAAAUAAAAUUUGUGAUUAGGCUAGGCAGUAUUGUGUGCCUACUUAAGGGUAUCAGAUGUAAAUAUGUAAAAAUAGGGCAGGAUUUUCAUUAGCAUAUACAGUAUAUGAGAUGACAUGGAAAAUAAUGUAACAUAGGGAUUGUGAUUUUCAAAUAGCAUGUGCUUGGUGGAAAUAUCUUUUAUUUUUGUCAAAACAGUAUUCGAUUCUCCAAUUUGAUUCUAAUCCUAUACAUAAUCAAGUUGUACUGGAUUGUGACCUAUGCUGAAGAUAAGAAUGUUACCCUACUUUCCCUUUGACAUAAACUGUUAUUUAUUCAUUCAAGUAGCCCUAAAGCUAUGAAUAAAUUAUUUCCACCUUCAUAUGUUAACUAGUAGUGAAGACUCAGUACAAACAAUGCAGAAUAGUCCCCGCGUUGAAUUGUGGACCUUCUUUAAACUCUGCUUGUAGUUCUUCUGGAAUCACCUAUAACUGAUUAAUUUGGAAAGAAACCUGUUGCAGUUCAGUUCCCUUUCAGUAUUGAAUGAAAUUGUUUUGCGGUGGUGGAUGUACUCAACAGGUGUGGGAACAAUUUACUACCUAGUUUGUAUUGUGGGAAGAAUGUGUUUGCUGCAUGGUCAAAAUUUAGUCGAUGCAGGUUGUGUGUGCCUAGAAAUUUAUUGUGUUAAUGCAUGCCAUUUGUAGUAAUGUGACCCAAAAUUAUAUUUAGAUUGUAAACUACUCAUUCUGGAGAGGAUAUUAUAUUCACAUCUGAAUGUAAGAGAUUCCACUUCCACUUGUUAUUUGUUUUUAAGAAGACUUCAAAAAUAUUUUUUUACUCUUAGAUUGUUUAUUAUUACAUUACUUUGACUUAGAUAAGUAAGAUAAUGUAAAUCAUUUUGACAAGGCCUAGCUGCUUAGUAUCCUUGAAGAUCUUUUCUUGCACUACUAAGACAAAUAAGUAAUACAUAAAAAAAAAUUGGACUGAAAUUUGAGAUGGUUUAUCUUUUCAAAAAAGAAAACCAUCACAGUCCAUAAGUUCUGCAAGACUCCUGAUCUUACACGACGAUCAAACUUUAACUCUCAAAGUUGUCAUAGAGAAAAAGGCAUUUUAUUUUCCUUACAUGACUUAUCAAGCAUAAAUGAACUAAACGUGUUUAUGCUAACAAAAAAAAAAGCUACAUCUCUAUUUUCGUUGAACCUUGUAAAGUUUUCUGAAGCUCAAGAUGGAUGCUGCGCUCUGUGGUGUGUGCCCAACAACAUCACUUUAAAAUAAUAUGGCUUCCUUUCAUUUGAGGGUUCAUUUUUUUUAACACACUGCUCAUUUGCACUUGAAGUGUUACAGUUGACCUUUUGCAGAACUAUUAUCUUAACCAUACUUUAGAUAACUUUAACUGACUGGUUAGUUUUUUAAGCAUAUACUUAAAAUUCUGUUGAUAAUUUUUGUGAUUAUCUAGUGUUUUAGUGGAAAUAAUGUGAAUGUUUUGGAUGCUGGAGGUACAAGCAUAAUCUCUUUCUGAAUUAAUUCUAGUGAUUAACAAUUGGUCCGAUUUCUGUUCUUAGAAAGCCCAAGUUUAGGCUGUCCUCAAGCAUACUUUCAAAAAUUGGUUUCUUUUUCAAAAUAGCAAAGCAUGCUGAGGGGCCUAAACCAUUUCUCUUAAGACCAACUGUACACUUCACACCCUAAAUUCACAGAAAGCUAGCCACUUGCACCGUAGUAAAGGAUGUAGCUCUAAUUCUCUCAGGUGGGCUAAAAAUUACAAUGAUGCAUGAUUGUUCGUUCUAUGUUGGGUUCCUUGAAUCUUGUGGUUACUUGCUUGGGGCUUUUUUGCUUUCUUCAAAUUACAUUCUCUACUUUGGUCAUUAUAAUUUCUAUGAAAACUAGGUAUAAAAUAUGAUUGUUAUGUGUACCCCCUCUUCCUGAUUACUUUUUUAAAGAUGAAAAGCAAAUGAAUGAAUUGUUAAUUUAUAGUGUACCCUUUGUUGAGUUCUUGACCGAGAUUUGAGGAUAAGUAGAGACAAUAAAAUCGCACAUCUCAUUGGCUACUCCUUACUCCAGAUGAGAUUUAGUCCCAGGUGGUAUUCAUUUUGAGUAGAUACCAACAUCAUCUUGUGGCAACAUAAGUUUCUGCUUUCAAUUUUUCAAUUUAUUGGGGUGAAGUGAGAAGGAAGGAUGACAUUAUUUGCAUUUGCUUGAAAAAUUUAUUCCUUUAACAUGUGUGUUGUGCAUUAUUGCUUCAUGACCAGAGAACUGGUUUGUUUUUAUGCGCUGGUUUGGAGAGCACUAAACAAUCUUUGUAAAAUGUUACCAGAUGUGCAAAACUUCAUACUUUAUGCAGUUAUUUAUGAGCUAAUAUGGUUUGAUAUCUUUGAUACAUUGUGGAUCAAUUUAAAUCAGGAGAAUUUAUUAUCAUUCUGGAAAAAAAUCCAGAUUAUAUUGUUGAGAAUUGUAGUGGCGUAUUCUAUACUCUUUGAAAUAAUUUUAUUUGAGAUUCAUUUGUUUGGAAGGCUGUUUCUUCUUCUCGCAAAUACGUCUCCAUUUCAAAGCUUUCAAAGUUUCUGGGCACAUUUCCAAGAGAACAGGAAACAACGUGUUCCCUUUAGUGAACAAAAUUAGUUUAAGAAAAGUGUUGAACCAUUGAGAACUUUGAGAUGGAAUCCUGCUUAUGCAGCUUAAUGAAGAAAUAGUGUGUCGGGCUAUUAUUUCCAUUAUAACAUACAAAAUGUAAUAUAUUUGAGAGUUGACCUUUUUUUGUGAGGAUAAUUUGUAAAAUCAAUAAUUUUGGUAUGAAACAUAUUGUACAGCAUUAAUUUUGAAACAAAGUGUACAAUAAAAAAAUAUUAUGUCUA